AGAGCGCAGAGCCUGACAGAGAAGAGAAACGUCCUCAGAUUUGGCCGUUUAAGAGUUCCACACUUGGGACAAACUGUCAGCUUUUGAUCCCGGCUGUGUGAGCGGCAAUUCAAUGCUGAGGAUGGAGCCUCUGAACAGCACAUACCCCAGCGCUGCAGCCUCCAGCAGCCCCCUCGAAUCCCAUGUGCCUAGUAACAGCAGUGGUAAUGGCAAUGAAUACUUCUAUAUUUUGGUCGUUAUGUCCUUCUAUGGCGUUUUCCUGAUUGGAAUCAUGCUGGGCUACAUGAAAUCCAAGAGGCGGGAGAAGAAGUCCAGCCUUCUGCUGCUGUACAAAGACGAGGAGAGGCUGUGGGGGGAGGCUAUGAAGCCGCUACCUAUGAUGUCCGGCCUGAGGUCAGGGCAGGUGCCCAUGAUGCUGAAUAUGCUGCAGGAGAGUGUGGCGCCAGCACUGUCCUGCACUCUUUGCUCGAUGGAAGGGGACAGUGUGAGCUCCGAGUCCUCCUCUCCUGAUGUGCACCUUCCCAUCCAGGAGGAGGGGGCUGAUGACGAGCUGGAGGAGACCUCCGAGACGCCUCUCAACGACAGCAGUGAAGGCUCUUCCGAGAACAUCCACCAGAAUUCCUAGCACCCCCCCAGGUGCUAGGAGGUAGCUCCGUAAGCUACACUUGACAGAGGGAAGACAUUUGCCAAGUGCCUGGUUUCGCUUUUGCUCUGCGGCUGCCACAUUGAACAGACUGAGGGCAAGCUCCAAAAUGGGGCAGGGGGAGACAAGGCUCAGCUGCAGUCCUUGAGGUUCCUGUGGGACUCAUCUCUGAAAAAGUCCCAGAGACAUAUAGCAUGACCAUUGACUCUGGGGCCUGGGUGGUGGUGGGUCAGCAUCUGGCUGGAUAAUGUGGUGUUUUUUUCACUGGAGGCCCUGGGUAAUUUCUGCAGCAUCUGACUGUGCCCAGGGCUGACUACUGCCCAGGGCAGGCUGAAGGACUCGUUUCAAUUUGCUAAUUUUCCUAGAACUUUGUUCUUCUAGAUCUGAUGGGCUGUAAGUAUCUUUAAUGUGUGCCUGUGGCAUUCGAUUACAGACAGUUAUAUAUUUCAUUUGGAGGUGGGAGAAAGCUGAAGAGAGAACCCAGAUUGUUUGCACAAUGCAAAGGGAGAAGGUAAUUAGUACAUAUGUCUGAAUUAGCUGGGAGUAUAAGCUAUGACCUCAUCUGAGCUUUUGGCUCACCUGUGAGCUUGAACUCUGUACAGCAUUGCAGGCGAGCAUGGCUUUCUUUGCCAGUCAGCUUCCUCAUAACCAAGCCUGCAUUUGGGAUGGCUGUUCAUGGUGGUCCUCAUGACCUUCACAGAUUGGGUAAUGGUGGGGUUAUACAAGGCCAAAUCAUUGACAGCUCUGCUGUAGCUCUUUUUCCCAGCCUAGUUUUCUGAGGCCAGAGAGGACACAUGUGGGCCUCAUAAUAUGGGGUUUUGUCACGUAGCUGAACCUUGGAAGGGCAUACUUAGGCGAGAUCGAACAGAGCUGGGGUUCAAGCAAUGUGCUUCCUGGUCUGAGCCCUGACACUCAUUCACUGUGAGGUUCUGGGCAUGUCAUCACAAGAUUCUGCCUACAUGAGGCUCCUGAGGCUGUGCAGCCCCAGGGGGCUGGGAGGACAUCUUUAGACUUUGUACUGUGUGAUACAUCCUCCACAGCCUGGUGUGAGGAAGUUUGGAGCAAGUAUUUCCCCUUUGGCCGCUUAGUCUGGAGAAAGAUGUGUUGACUUAAAGGCACAGUUGGAGACUUUGGAUAUGUGUAGCUGGGGAAUUCGAGGCUGGAUCAUCAGCCAUCCUUACUGUGGCUUUCCCAGGAUGCCACUGAAGAAGCUGGCAGCAUAGUUUCCUCUGCAGAGUCCUGUGGAUGGGAGGAUGUUAACACGCCCAACUGAGGGAAAGAGAAUUUUAAAGGGAGCUACUCAAGAGCUUUGCAGCAGGCUCGUGUGCCCUUAGAAGACCAGAAGGAAGCAGAAAACUCCCCAAAGGUCAAGUUUGCCUCUAGUGCAAAACCUUCUUAAUUUUUAUUUAUCAGAACUCUCCCUGGAUUGGAGACAGAGCAGUCACUAAUGUCCCCAUGAGGGGUUAACACUAUAAGGAGCUGGUUUUUCCAAUCAGUUUUGACACAGAGAUAGAAAGGUAGUUUAUGUUAGAGGCGGAAAGGGGCCCUCUGUUCACUUUAAGAUUCAGAGUGGAUCAACUCCAAAGGGGGCCGUUUAAGUUGAAAGAAGCCAAGUUAAGUUUGGCCUCUUGCCUGGAAUCACUUGAAUUCUGAAACUUUACUGCGACAGACAUGUGCGUUGUCACAUUUUCCAUUGCUUAAUCCUGGUUUGGUGCAAGUCUGUCUGCGCCUGUUACAAAGUGAUGUAUAUACUUCCUUCCAAUAUGCUGAGUUGUAGACAAUUGUCUGGUGUAUUUAAUGGUUUGUAAUUUUCACGAUAUUUUUUAAUUUAAAUAAACACAUUUUCGCUGAGAAGCCA